AUGUCGAACUUGUACGGAGAUUAUAACCAGAAGAUCGACUACGUGUUCAAGGUGGUGUUGAUCGGAGACUCGGCCGUGGGAAAGACCCAGCUGCUGGCUCGUUUUGCCAGGAACGAGUUUAGUGUGGAUUCUAAGGCCACUAUUGGUGUCGAGUUCCAGACGAAGACACUCGUCAUCGAUAACAAGACCGUCAAGGCGCAGAUCUGGGACACUGCUGGCCAAGAGAGGUACAGAGCAGUUACAAGUGCAUACUACCGAGGUGCAGUUGGGGCUAUGUUAGUAUAUGACAUGACUAAGCGUCAAUCAUUUGACCACAUGGCAAGAUGGUUGGAGGAACUGAGGGGGCAGGCUGAUAAGAACAUCAUUAUUAUGCUCAUCGGCAACAAGUGUGAUUUGGGCAGUCUUCGAGCAGUGCCAACUGAGGAUGCCCAGGAGUUUGCUCAAAGAGAGAAUUUAUUCUUUAUGGAGACAUCAGCUCUGGAGGCCACUAAUGUUGAAACUGCAUUUUUUACUAUUCUAACAGAGAUAUACCGAAUCAUCAGUAAAAAGAUCCUUGCUACCAAUGAUGACGCAGAUUCCAAUGGGGUUUCAGGGCUUCUCAAGGGAACCAAGAUCAUAGUUCCUAACCAAGAUCAGGACUCUAGUAGGAAGGGCUGCUGCUUUUCCUCCUAA